UGGUAAAAUGAAGAUGAUGAUUGGUUGUAAAUAAACAGUCUUUGUUGUAGUUGUAGCCUUUGCGAAUAAUUUUAGACUGUGUGCAGAAUACUAAAAGGAGUGACUCAUAGUCCUACCCAAAUCUUGCUAUUUCAAACAAAGUAUAUUACGUUGUUCAACAUGGAAACGAGAGAUGUUGAAACGGAUCAAGUGAAUGUUACAAUAAAACGUCCUAUUAAAGUGAUUCAUUUUAGCGACGGUAUUGAAGAGGAAAUCGAAGAAGUAAAUGCUAAUGAAUUAGCAAGUGCGCCCAACAAUGAAGAAAGCGUUGAUCCGAAAACUCUUACAUGGGGUCCGUGGUUCUCGCAUUAUGCUAAAAAAUCGGGAACAAAAAUGUUAGGUGCUGUGGAUUAUGCAGGAGAAUCACUUGCGAAUUUCUUUGGCAUUACUACUCCGAAAUACCAAAUUGAAAUAGAUGAAUAUGAAAGAGUGAAGGAAGAAAAGAAAAAAAUGGAGGAAGAAUCUGCAGGAUGGGUACCAAAAAAUAGUGGUGGGAAUAUACCAUUAGUAUUAAAUGAACCAUCAAGAGUAGUGCAUAUAAAUUCUUAAUCUGCAUAAAGGACCUCCAGUAUUGCCAUGUCAACAUGGCAUAUCCAGUAUUUUUAUGGGAAGUAAGUAUUAUGUUCAGAAGUAUAACAUGAUAAAUUGAGUAUCCUAGAUAUAACAAAUUCCAUGCAACUCUGAUUUUCCUUAUGAAAAUGAAGCAAGAUAAUAGUGGCAUUAAAUGUGUUAAAAAUUACAAUUUGUUGUUAGCAGGAUUGGUUUUAUUUCUAUGUGUUUGUAAUUGUGUAUAACUUCUUAAGAGUACUUUAAUCUUUUUUUUUUUUGACAAUUUUAAUUAUGCUUUGACUUAAGUUUUGUAAAAAUUUUAUGUUAAAAUAAAUGUUUGAUGUUUACCAAAAAAUAGUUGAUUAUGUAUGAAAAGGAAGAGUUUUAAAAAGUUUCUAUUUAAAAAGAAUCACAUUUUCUGUCAGUUUAUUUACUUUUUUUUUAAUAAGUAGGUUAGGCUGGCUGGUUUCAGGACGGAAAUUAAAUGGCAUGUAUGUAAUAUGUGCCUUGUAAAUGACUCAUAAUUUUUAUAAAAAUAUGGUUUUUAAUAAGGUCUUAACAUUACAUUUUGUUACAGAAUAUAAUAUUUGUUUUAA